UUUUCUGCUUUUGGGGCAAACACCAUGGAAAGAUUUUGAACCCGCUAGAAAAUGGCGGCAGUCAUUCCGCAGGCAAUUAGGGUUUCAGCAUACCUCCGGAAACGUCCGCAAGAAUCAAUCAUCUCUCCCUCGCCAUGCGCACGGAGCUCGAUUAUAGGGUGUGAUCGUCCCAAUUUCGAAAGCAAAAACUUGUCUUUAAUCGAGAAAUUGGGGCUUUUUAGCUGGCGGGUGGAAGUUAGGGUUUUGAUUCGGUGCAGAAGAUGGAAAGCAACGGCAAUUUGGAGCAGACUUUGCAAGAUGGGAGGAUAUACAGGCAGCUCAAUUCGCUCGUCGUCGCUCAUCUUCGCGACCACAACUUCCCGCAGGCGGCAAGUGCGGUUGCUCUAGCAACAAUGACGCCUUUGAAUGUUGAAGCCCCAAGAAAUAGGCUUCUUGAGCUAGUUGCCAAGGGUCUUGCAGUGGAAAAGGGUGAACUAUUGAGAGGUGUUUCUCAUGCUGGGACAAAUGAUCUGGGUGGAUCAAUACCUGCUUCAUAUGGCUUGGUUCCAGCUCCGUGGACCGCUAUUGAUUUCAGUUCUCUGCGAGACACAAAGGGCAUGUCCAAGAGUUUCACUAAACAUGAGACCAGGCAUCUUUCAGACCACAAGAAUGUUGCCAGAUGUGCAAGGUUUAGCACUGAUGGAAGGUUUUUUGCAACAGGAAGUGCAGACACUUCAAUUAAGCUCUUUGAGGUCUCAAAAAUAAAGCAAAUGAUGCUACCAGAUUCUACAGAUGGCGCUAUACGAGCUGUUAUACGGACAUUUUAUGACCAUACACAUCCUGUAAAUGACUUGGAUUUUCAUCCUCAAAAUACUGUCCUGAUAUCUGCAGCCAAAGACCAUACAGUAAAGUUCUUUGAUUAUUCAAAGGCUACAGCAAAGAGAGCAUUCAGAGUUAUUCAGGAUACUCACAAUGUACGUUCAGUUGCUUUCCAUCCUUCUGGCGACUUUCUUUUGGCUGGGACUGAUCAUCCAAUUCCACACUUGUAUGAUGUCAACACAUUCCAAUGCUAUCUUUCUGCAAAUGUCCCAGAAUUUGCAGUUAAUGCAGCGAUAAACCAGGUAAGAUAUUCAUCUAGUGGCGGCAUGUAUGUUACAGCAUCUAAAGAUGGUACUAUACGAUUUUGGGAUGGGGCAUCGGCCAACUGCGUUCGCUCCAUUGCUGGUGCACAUGGGGCAGCUGAAGUAACUAGUGCCAACUUCACGAAGGAUCAGAGAUAUGUACUCUCUUGUGGGAAGGACUCUACUGUGAAACUCUGGGAAGUUGGCACAGGAAGAUUGGUUAAACAAUAUCUUGGAGCCACUCACAUGCAGUUGCGAUGCCAGGCUGUCUUCAACAAUACAGAAGAGUUUGUUCUAUCCAUUGAUGAACCGAGCAAUGAGAUAGUGGUCUGGGAUGCCAUGACAGCAGAAAAAGUGGCAAGAUGGCCAUCCAACCAUAAUGGCCCUCCUCGUUGGAUUGAGCACUCACCCACAGAAGCAGCUUUUGUAUCCUGCGGAACUGACAGAUCGAUCCGAUUCUGGAAGGAAACUCACUAGGGUGAUCUAUGGAGAUGAUCGUGAUAUUUGCAGCCUCGGACAUCUUAGAAGUGAUCACAAUUUGAUUCAGAAGGAUGAUGACCCCAUACACUGCGCCUUCCACAAAUUCUUUCCGUCUUUGUAAGGAACUUGUGAGGUAUUCGAGGGGACAUUGUCAAUAACUUAUA